GCACCUGUACAACUUGUCAUUGAUGUGACACUAAUGACCUUGAAAAAUAUGUUUUAAUUCAAAUUUGAAAUUGGCAUAAAUUUAAAUAACUCUGGAUAAAUUUUUUGUGUUAAUUACUCUAAUUACAAGCGAACAAUAAUACCCGUGUGAAAAAAUAGCCAUGUCAUUGUCACCUGAUCUAACCUUCAAAGCGGCACCAUAUCAUCAUUAGAUAAGAUGCGUGUGUGCAAAUGUGCGAUCACACCUGAAAAUGUACAGAAAUGCAAGCAGAGGAUGUUACUACUGUUAUUUUCCAACCGCCGGGGGGUCACAUCUUGCCCCCCAAUGGCACAAAAACAAUUUUACAAGAUUAUCCUUUGGUAAAAGCUUUCCUCGCUGGAUCUUUCUCUGGCACAUUUUCCACUAUUUUGUUCCAACCCUUGGAUUUGGUCAAAACCCGGCUACAAAAUCCCACCCCCGUACUACAGGGACAGCAUGGGGGCGCCCGCAUGGUCACCAUCUUCGUCAACAUCCUCCAACAGGAGCACUUCCGUGGCUUGUGGCGUGGCAUGACACCGUCGAUCACUCGCUGCGUUCCUGGUGUUGGUCUCUACUUCUGCUCUUUGGAUUAUCUCAAAACGCAGUUUUUCACCGAUAAGACUCCAUCCCCCCUUGAAUCGGUCGCUUUGGGGAUGGUGGCCCGCUGCAUGAGUGGCGUAGCCCUAAUCCCCAUCACCGUGGUGAAAACCCGUGUCGAGAGCGGUGUCUACGGCUACAACGGUGUCACCUCCGCCCUUCGCGAAAUCUACAAAACGGAGGGACUCCGCGGGAUGACUUGCGGCCUCAUCCCGACUCUCUUCCGGGACGCCCCAUUCUCCGGCUUGUAUCUCAUGUUUUACACCCAGACGAAGCUGCUAGUCCCGAGGGAGAUUCUGGACUCGUCGAUGGCAUCCCCGGCGCAUUUCACCUGUGGGGUCACGGCAGGGGUUCUAGCGUCGGUGGUGACCCAACCGGCGGAUGUUUUGAAGACAAAAAUGCAGCUCUACCCCAAUAAGUUCAAUGGGUUGUGGUCGGUGGUUGUGUACGUCCAUGGGAAGUACGGGGUUAGGGGGUACUUCAAAGGGAUGGUGCCGAGGAUGCUGAGGAGGACUCUGAUGGCCGCGAUGGCCUGGACGGUGUAUGAACGGCUGUCCAAGUCCAUUGGGUUGAAGUAAGAUAGGGGCGAAUUAGGGGUGGAAGCCUAAUUUGAGCAUUUUGUAAAUAAGUAUCGACGAUACUUGAUGUUUGAGGCAAAUAUGGGAUGAGUAAUGGUCUAUUUUACUGCACUAUUGUAACCUUUGUAUCAUAUUUGUUAUGUGGCUUUUACUAUUCGGAUACGAUAUUGUAUUUUUGGAACACUAAAAUUUACAGUAUUCUAUUUAUAUUAUUAUUAUUAUUAUUCUUAUUGGAAAAUGUAUUUAUGUAUUUUGUUAAAUAAACUCUUAUUAGAA